AUGAAUAGUAGCUAAUCUGAAAGCUAAUUUAUAAAAGAAAAAUUGUAAAUAAGUAAUGAGGAACUUGAUGAUAAUGAAAGCGAAAAUGAUUAAGAUUAAGAUGAUGAAAAUAAAGAUCAAGAAGAAGAAAAUCUUAAAGAUAUAGUAAAUCCAGAAAUCAAAUAGCUGAUCAAAGAAAGAGGAUUAAAUAUGGUGUCUUAUGAGGAUUUGAUAGUUGAGAAAAAAGAAAGAGAAAAGGAAUUAAAUGAAAAUAGAUAAAAAUUAAAAGAAAGUUAAACACGUUAAUGGCUGAUAAAACAUAAAAAGAGAGAGUUUAUAGAUUUUGAUGAUAAAGAAAGAUCAAAACUUAAGUAGUAUUUUAGGUCUUUGGAUGGAGAUGGGUCAGGAAGUAUUGGUUUGAGAGAAUUAGAAGACCCAUUAAUUUCCCUUGGUAUAGCAGAAUCAAAAGAAGAUGUGAAAAAGAUUAUGGAUUAAGUGGACAAGGAUCACUCAAACGAAAUCGAAUUUUAAGAAUUUUUAGACAUUAUUAAAGCUAAAGAAAAAGGAAAUGGCAGAUCACAAAAGAAUACAGCCAUUAUUAACUUUUUUAAAGAUAUGAUUAAUGGUUAGUUAGGUGAUGGAGAUAUUUAAACAAAAAACUUGCCAUUUCAGUUAAUUAUUUCAACAAUUCGUAGAAAAAAGCUUUUAGAUGCUAUUAUGAGUACAAAUUAAGAGAAAAAGAAAGAGGGUGAGAAGGUUAUGAAGGCCUAUGGUAAAUUACUAGCAAUAAAUAAUGCUCCUAAGUAAUCUAAUAAAUAAAAUGAUUCAAAAUAGCCGAGCUAAAGAAGCUCUUUUUCAAAUAAAAAAUGA